AUGUCACAACAACACCAGCCGCGUAAACAUUAUCACAUACAUGCCCCAUAUCCGCAUCAUCCUCCGCCAGUUCCAACGCAUCAUACACAUGCCCAUCAGCCGGGACAUCCGCCUCCGCCACCCUCUUCCAGUUCUCAUCAUGUUGCUGCUCAGCAACACCAGCAGCAACAACAACAUCAGCAAUGGUAUAACGCACAUUCGGCAGCAACUAUACCCCCUCCACAAGCGCAGCCACCGCCGCCACAGUAUCACCAUGGUCUCCACAUAAGAGAUUCCCGCCAUUUGCAACAACAGCAUCAUCAUCCCCACCACCCACCGCAACAUGGUCAUGCAAUGCCAGCACCACCGCCACCACCACCAACACAUAUGUUUACAAGUGGUUAUGCUAGUGGUAUGCCAGUGGGAGUGGGUGGUGGUGCAGGUGGCCCAAGUUCAACGCACAACACAGCAUCGUCAAUGCCGGCAUCUGGCUCUUCGUCGUCGUCGUCAUCAUCGGCUUCGGCACAACAUUUCUCAGCACUCGGAGGGGGUGUGGGUGGCGUCCCGAAUGUCGGAGCCAGUGGAAGUAGUGUUAUUACUGGCUCGGGGCCUGGCACAGGGGGUGGUGUUAUUGUUGGUCGUAGCCGAGUUUAUGACCUUGAAAUGGUAAAUACACAACAUGGUGGUGGGGUUGGUGCACCGUCGUCUAUGCUGGCAAUUGGUGGUGCCCGAGGUGCAGCCUAUGAUGCCUAUUCGCAUAGUUCGUUAUAUUCACAACAACAACAACCGCCACCAACACCAACAAGUCAACGCCAUCAUCUGCAACAACAACAGCAGCAUAAAAAAUUUAAACGUGGUCGUACAACCAUUGAAGAUGGACCACGUAGUGGACGUCCAAAAAGAGCAACAACAACAGAAAUUGUAGCCAAAGUGCAUGAUGUGGUAUUUAAUGAUCGACGAAUAAAAGUGCGUGAAAUUCCUAAUAUCAUGGGCAUAUCAAAUGAUCGAGCCCAUUCAAUUUUAUAUGAAGAACUACAGAUGAAAAAGAUUUCUAAGACAAAAAGUUGUCUAUCGCGCAUUAGUGUUCCCGAGAACCUUGGACCUUGUCCAUUCGGUGUCAUUGUCAUAUCUGUAGUCCAUGAUGUUUAA